AUGGCGCAGGAUCCGAACAGGCUUGCGCAGUUCAAAUAUGCGGCCAUGUCCAACCUGGUCCUCCAGGCGGACCGGCGCUUCGUGACACGGCGAGGCGACGAUGCCACGGGUGACCCGGAGUCGCUGGCAGGCCGCAUUAGCAUCAAGGAAAUGGGUGGCCGUGUGGCUCGCGAUAGCGCGCCGACGGACAAAAAGAAGAAAAAGCAAGGCGGCCUGGCCGACAUCGAGCGUGGCGACAUCCACGAGGGCGAGGACGUGCUUGAACGCGAGCAGAAGAAGCGCAAGCGCGGCGAGCCGCAGCAGUUGCGCGGCACCGGCAUCCUGAGCCAGGCGGACUUGCUCGUCGAGGACCUGCGCUACCGGCCGCGCACACCUGCCACCAGGGCCACGUAUGAGCUCAUCACAACCAUCGUGGGCAGGCAUCUGGGCGACGUGCCGAAUCACGUCGUGCGCAGUGCCGCGGACGCGGUGCUGGAGUACUUGAAGGAUGAGAACCUCAAAGACUUCGACAGGAAGAGGGAGGUCGAUGACAUCUUGGGGUCGACUAUGGGCUCAAAAGAGUUCAACGAGCUUGUCAACCUGGGCAAGAAGAUCACCGACUAUGACGCCCAAGACGAUGACGAGGAAAUGGGCGAUGCGGCGGAUGGGGCUGCCGGCGCGGACCUAGACGAGAAGCAGGGUGUUGCGGUCGUUUUCGAUGAGGAUGACGAAGAUGACGAGGAGGCGGGCCAGACAUUUGAGGUUCGGGAUGAGAAUGACACCUCGGACGAAGAAGAAGGAGACUUUGCUGAACGGCAGGGCGCUGAGGGGGCUACAGCUGCUGGCGGCGGUAUUCUAGCUGAAGAGGAGGGCGGCGACAAAGUGGAAGGCGAGGAGGAGAUGAUCAUCGACGGCGGUAUGGACGCAUCCGCGGCGGAAAAGAAAGGCGCGGACAAGCCGAUCCCGGCCCACGAAAUCGAUGCAUAUUGGUUACAACGCCAGAUUGGACAGAUAUAUGAGGACGCACAUAUCCAACAGGAAAAGACCCAGGAAGCACUGCAGAUACUGUCUGGGGAGACCGAGGAUGAUGAGGAAAAGCCACUCCGCGAGAUCGAGAACGAUCUCAUGGAACUUUUCGAUUGGGAACACCACGAACUCGUCGCGAAGCUCGUUACUAACAGGGACAAGGUUGUAUGGGUCACCAGAUGGCGUAGAGUCGAAGAUGACGCCAACGCGCGGGUAGCUGUUGAAAGGGAGAUGAUUGCCGCCGGACAUAGGAGCAUCUUGAACGAGUUGCGGUCAAGGGAAGAAGCACCUGCGGAUGCGCCUGCACCGAAGAGGAUGAAGGUCGAUCUCAUGGACAUCGAUGUUCCCAAGGCAGAGGAGAAGCCGGACGCCGCCAAGGAUAGCGGGUUGGUCGGUGGUCUCCAACCCAGGAGGCUUAUCAACUUGGAAAAUCUGGUUUUUGAGCAGGGGAAUCACCUCAUGACCAAUCCAAAUGUCAAGCUCCCCCAGGGCUCAACGAAGCGGACCUUCAAGGGCUACGAGGAGAUACACGUUCCGGCACCGAAGCCCAAGAGAGACCCCAACGAUCCGCCGGACCUGCCUGUCAGUGAGUUGCCUGAGUGGGCGAGAGUCGGGUUUGGUACCUCGAAGAGCCUCAACAGGAUUCAAACCCGCUGCUACCCCACAGCCUUCAAGGACGACGGCAACAUGUUGAUUUGCGCGCCCACCGGUUCCGGAAAGACGAACGUUGCCAUGUUGACCAUGCUCCGUGAGAUCGGCAAGCACAGGAAUCCGGAGACUGGGGAAAUCAACUUGGACGAGUUCAAGAUCAUCUACAUUGCCCCCCUCAAGGCCCUGGUGCAGGAACAAGUCGGAAACUUCGGCAAGAGGCUUGAGCCAUAUGGCAUCAAAGUCUCUGAGCUUACAGGUGAUCGUCAACUUACCAAGCAGCAGAUUGCGGAUACCCAAGUAAUUGUCACGACCCCAGAGAAGUGGGAUGUCAUCACUCGCAAAGCCACCGAUACAAGCUAUACGAACUUGGUGCGGUUGAUUUGCAUCGAUGAAAUCCAUCUGCUGCACGACGAUCGUGGUCCCGUCUUGGAAAGCAUCGUCAGCAGAACCAUCCGCCGCCAAGAGCAGACGGGCGAUCCCGUGCGCCUCAUUGGUCUCUCUGCCACCCUUCCCAACUAUCGUGACGUUGCCAGCUUCCUGCGGGUCGAUCCCGUCAAAGGUCUCUUUCACUUCGACGGGACUUUCAGGCCUUGCCCUCUGAAGCAGGAGUUCAUCGGUGUCACCGACAAGAAGGCCAUCAAGCAGCUGAAGACGAUGAACGAUGUCUGCUACACAAAGGUGCUAGAGCAAGUUGGGCAACAGGACAAUCAGAUGCUCAUUUUCGUCCAUUCGCGAAAGGAGACGGCCAAGACGGCCAAGUACAUUCGCGACAAGGCUUUGGAGUUGGAGACGAUCGGACAAAUCCUGCGCAGUGAUGCUGCCAGCCGGGAGAUUCUCCGGUCAGAAUCCGAAGGUGUACAGAACGCGGAUUUGAAAGAUGUGAUGCCCUACGGUUUUGGUAUCCACCAUGCUGGUAUGAGCCGCGCUGACCGUACCUCCGUGGAGGAUCUUUUUGCAGAUGGUUCCCUUCGCGUGUUGGUUUGCACUGCUACGCUGGCUUGGGGUGUCAACCUUCCUGCCCACACAGUCAUCAUCAAGGGCACUCAGAUAUACUCGCCUGAGAAGGGUAGCUGGGUUGAGCUAAGCCCGCAGGAUGUGUUGCAGAUGCUGGGUCGUGCCGGUCGUCCGCAAUAUGACACAUACGGUGAAGGUAUCAUCAUCACGACGCAAUCCGAGCUACAGUACUACCUGUCACUCAUGAACCAGCAACUCCCCAUUGAGUCGCAGUUCAUGAGUAGGCUAGCCGACAACCUCAACGCCGAAAUCGUUCUUGGAAACGUCCGGACGCGAGACGAGGGUGUCGAAUGGCUCGGUUACACUUACUUGUACGUCCGUAUGCUCCGUUCACCAGGACUCUACAGCGUCGGUGCCGAGUACGAGGACGACGAGGCGUUGGAACAGAAGCGAGUCGAUCUCAUCCACUCGGCCGCUGCUGUGCUAGAAAAGUCAAACCUUGUCAAAUACGACAAGAAGAGCGGCAGAUUGACAGCUACGGAGCUUGGUCGUGUUGCUUCGCAUUACUACAUCACCCACAGCUCCAUGGCUACCUACAACAUGCACAUCCAGCCCAACAUCUCUACCAUCGAGCUUUUCCGCGUCUUCGCUCUCAGCGACGAGUUCAAAUACAUCCCGGUCCGCCAGGAUGAAAAGCUUGAACUUGCCAAGCUCUUGGGACGUGUUCCCAUUCCGGUCAAGGAGAGCAUCGAGGAACCCCACGCCAAAAUCAACGUUCUUCUGCAGGCCUAUAUCUCGCGUCUCAAGCUUGAAGGCCUGGCUCUGAUGGCCGAUCUUGUGUACGUCACCCAGUCGGCUGGUCGUAUUCUGAGGGCAAUCUUCGAGAUCUGCUUGAAGAAGGGCUGGGCUCACGUCGCGAAAACGGCAUUGGAUCUGUGCAAAAUGGCCGAGAAGCGCAUGUGGCCCACCAUGACGCCUCUCAGACAAUUUCUCAACUGCCCCCGCGACAUUGUGCAGAAGGCUGAACGUAUCGACGUGCCCUGGUCGAGCUACUUUGACCUUGACCCGCCGCGUAUGGGUGAGCUUAUGGGCCUUCCUCGUGCCGGCCGUACCGUCUGCGCCCUUGUUGAGAAGUUCCCUCGCCUCGAGAUCCAGGCCCAUGUUCAGCCAAUGACGCGGUCAAUGCUACGCAUGGAGCUGACCAUCACCCCAAACUUUGUGUGGGACGAGACUUUGCAUGGCAACGCCGAGAGCUUCUGGAUCAUCGUUGAGGACUGUGAUGGUGAGGAGAUCCUCUUCCACGACCAGUUCCUUCUGCGUCGCGAAUACGCCGCCUCGGAGGUGAAUGAGCACCUGGUUGAGUUCACGGUCCCCAUCACGGAACCGAUGCCUCCUCACUACUUCAUCACCGUCGUAUCCGACCGGUGGAUGCACUCGGAAACGAAGAUUGCCGUGUCCUUCCAGAAGCUGAUCUUGCCGGAGAAAUUCCCUCCGCACACUCAGCUCCUGGACAUGCAGCCUUUGCCCGUCGCUGCCCUCAAGAGGCAGGAUUUCACCGGUUUGUACCCCAACUGGGAGCGGUUCAACAAGGUCCAGACCCAGACGUUCCCUGCUCUCUUCCAGCAGGACGACAACGUCUUCGUCGGCGCAUCGACCGGCAUGGGCAAGACCGUGUGCGCUGAAUUUGCUCUGCUGCGGCACUGGGCCAAGGAAGACGGCGGCAAGGCAGUCUACGUCGCCCCCUUCCAGGAGUUGGUUGACAGCAGAUACAAAGACUGGAAACAACGCUUGGCAAACGUGGCCGGUGGCAAAGAGAUUGUCAAGCUUGUCGGUGACACGACCUCGGACCUUCAACUGCUGCAACAGGGUGAUCUCAUCCUCGCGACCCCUCAACAAUGGGAUGUCAUCUCGCGGCAAUGGCAGCGCCGUAAGAACGUCCAAGCAACGCAGCUCUUCAUUGCCGAUGAUUUGCACAUGCUUGGCGGACACGGUGGCUUCGUCUACGAGACGGUAGUGUCGAGGAUGCACGCAAUGACGCUGCAGCUGGAGUCCGAGAUGCGUAUUGUUGGCCUGAGUGUCUCGCUCUCGAACGCCCGCGACAUUGGCGAGUGGAUUGGGGCUACCAAGCACACCAUCUUCAACUUCGCUCCUGGCGUUCGGUCCGUGCCGUUGGAGCUGCACAUCCAGUCCUUUACCAUCCCCCACUUCCCGUCACUCAUGCUCGCCAUGGCCAAGCCUGCCUACCAGGCGGUGCUGCAGAUGUCACCGGAUAAGCCCGCGAUGAUUUUCGUUCCGAGUCGCAAGCAGGUGAGGAACACCGCCCUCGACCUGCUUGCUGCCUGCGUUGCCGAUGAUGAUGAAGAUCGCUUCCUGCAUGCCUCCAUCGAGGAGAUGCAGCCGGUGCUGGAGAAGAUCGCCGAGCCCGCCCUGGUCGAGUCUCUCUCGCAUGGUAUUGGCUACUACCACGAGGCUCUGUCAGCCUUCGACAAGCGCGCGGUCGAGCACUUUUUCCGUGUCGGUGCCAUUCAAGUUCUCCUCGUCUCGCGUGACUGUUGCUGGGAGAUCAACGUUAACGCUCACCUGGUCAUCGUUAUGAACACGCAGUUUUUUGAGGGCAGAGAGCACCGCUACAUUGACUAUCCCAUCAGCGAGAUCCUGCAAAUGUUUGGCAAAGCCGGGCGCCCGGGACAGGAGAAGCUUAGCAGGGGUGUCCUGAUGGUGCCUGCCGUCAAGCGUGAGUACUACAAGAAGUUCUUGAAUGAGGCCCUUCCGAUAGAGUCGCACCUUCAGGUCUUCCUUCACGAUGCGUUCGUCUCUGAGAUCAGCACCCGCAUGAUAUCGUCCACUCAGGAUGCCGUUGACUGGUCUACCUAUACCUACUUUUACCGCCGCCUGCUUGCGAAUCCCAGCUACUACGGUCUGACCGAUACCUCGCACGAAGGUCUCAGCGCUCACCUGUCAGAACUGGUCGAGACCACUCUCAAGGAUCUUGUUGACGCCAAGAUUAUUGAGCUGGAUGAAGACGAUGAUUCCAUCACACCGCUCAACCCAGCCAUGAUUGCCGCCUACUACAACAUCUCCUUCAUCACCAUGCAGACUUUCCUGUUGUCGCUCAACGGGCGUACCAAGCUCAAGGGUAUCCUCGAGAUCAUCACCUCGGCAACGGAAUUCGAGGGCAUCCAAAUCCGGAGGCACGAGGACCAUGUCCUGCGUCGCGUGUAUGACCGUCUACCGGUCAAGAUGGCCGAGGCGUCAUACGAGUCGCCGCACUUCAAGGCGUUCGUUCUCCUGCAGGCUCACUUCGCGCGCAUGCAGCUCCCGGUCGAUCUGGCCAAAGACCAAGACACGAUUUUGAAAAAGGUUCUCCCGCUUUUGCAGGCUUGCGUCGACGUGCUCUCGUCCGACGGACACCUCAACGCCAUGAACGCGAUGGAAAUCUCCCAGAUGGUGGUGCAAGCCAUGUGGGAUCGCGACAGCCCGCUCAAGCAGAUCCCGCACUUCGACAACCAGCUGGUCGAAGAGGCCAAUGCGGUUGGAGUUCAGGAUGUGUCAGACUUCAUCGAUGCCAUGGAUCCGGAGGCGCCCAACAACAAAGAGCUCGUGCGACGGCUCAACUUCUCUGGCGCGCAGCUGGCCGACGCGGCGCGCUUCGUCAACGAAUUUUACCCCGACCUGUCAGUCGAAUUCGACGUGCUGGAACCCGAUGACAUCGCGGCCGGCUCGCCCGCGUACCUCGAUGUCACGAUCACGCGCGAGAUGGACGAUGAGGAAGAAGAGGCACCGAAGACGAGGGCUGUACAUGCGCCUUUCUAUCCUGCCGACAAGACCGAGUCAUGGUGGCUGGUCGUUGGCGACGAACACACCAAGAGCCUACUUGCCAUCAAGCGUGUCAACGUCCAGCGCGAGCUCAAGGUCAAACUGGAAUACGUGGUCCCCACGGCCGGCGACCACGAGCUGACUCUGUACCUGAUGAGCGACAGCUACGCGGGCGUGGAUCAGGCACCGACGUUCAAGGUUAGUGUAGCGGAGGGCAUGGAGGAGGACGAGGAUGAAGAGGAUGAGGAGGACGAAGAGUAG